AUGUCCAUACCCUCCUCCGGGGCAUUCAUAUUUGGAUCUGCAGCGAGUGGUAAUAGUGUAUUGGAUGCUAUUGCGUCGUACCGGCGAGCGCAGUACUACGUAGCUGGUUCGCACGUCGCUUCCUCUGGUGAAGAAGCGAACCAUGUCGACGAAGAAGCUGAGAUUGAGAGUAAUUAUUCAGAAGAUCGCAAUUCAGAGGACUUGGAACAUGGCGGUCGAGGCACUUCUAUACAAGUUGAUGGGUUCGUUGGCCAAUUUCACUGGGACGGAGAUGAGGACAUUGCGCCAGCUUCUAUUGCACCACCGUCCCCCUCCUCGUACGCGUCCCGAAUGCAGCGCAAUACGGAAAUCGUGGCAGAGGUAGCAGGAGAAUCGACCAGUUCAACGUUUCCAGCGAACGAGGUGACACCUUUGUUACGACCGAAAGUUUCCUUUAGUCGUCUGUCAAUUCAAUCUCGACGAGAAUACAAUAGAGGUCCGUCUGGGUUUUCUAUCAGUGGCAGUCGCGUUGUCGAAUCUGCGGAUGAGACUUUGGGAAACUCAGGCUCCCAACCUCCACAUUCCCCGAGACCUCUUCCCCGGAGGUCUUCCACGAGUUCUUCAAAAACAAAUCACAAAGUUGCACACUUUGGUGGACAAAGCACGUUUGGUCAAACACUAUUCAACUCCAUCGCCAUCCUCCUGGGUAUUGGGGUAUUAUCAGAACCUCUUGCGUUUGCUUAUGCCGGUUGGAUACUCGGCACCAUACUCAUAGUAUCAUACGGCUUCCUGAGCUGUUAUACGGCAAAGAUACUUGCGAGGAUAAUUAAAGCGGAUCCCAGGCUACGAUCAUAUGCGGACAUUGGUCGCAAAGCAUUCGGACCUCGUUCAACACUCUUCAUCAGCAUCAUGUUCUGUCUAGAACUCUUUGCGGUCAGUGUCGUCCUCGUAACUCUGUAUGCCGAUUCAUUGCAUGCUGUCAUUCCCACAUACUCUGCCAACACAUAUAAGGUUUGGGGUCUCUUAUUGUUAAUCCCAACUGUAUUCUUGCCACUAUCAGUCCUAUCCUAUACUUCGAUUCUUGGAAUCCUCUCUACCGUUCUUCUCGUGUUUGUGGUGCUUGGGGAUGGAUUGACGAAAAAGGAUCAUCCUGGAAGUUUGUGGAACCCCGCACAUACGUCGCUUAAUUUCAGUAGCUGGACCAAUCUGGGACUGGCGUACGGACUUUUCAUGGCAGGCUUCUCAGGACACGCAGUAAUCCCGUCUCUCGCCCGGGAUAUGGCGAACCCAGAGGAUUUUGAUACCAUGAUCAAUUGGGCGUUCAUCGUAGCGACUUCAAUAUACACUCUUAUCGGAUACGUUGGUUAUCUUAUGUUCGGGGAAAACGUCAGCGAUGAGAUCAGCACGGACUUGUUGAAAACUUCUGGCUAUAACCCCUAUCUGAAUGAGAUUGCGUUGUGGAUGCUCGUCGUCAGUCCGUUAUCAAAGUUUGCGCUGACUACUCAACCACUGAACUCGGCAUUAGAAGUACUUUUUGGCACAGAGUCGGCCGUGUCUACGCCUGAAGACAUGGCCAUGAAAAUGGCGGGGUCCAUAUGGGACUUCUUCAGCAGUCUUCAACGAAUUUUAGUCACGCUUGCAUCCGUUAGCGUCUCUAUUGCGGUGCCCGAAUUUAGCGCGAUGAUGGCAUUUUUGGGGUCAUUUUCAGCGUUUAUGUUGUGCAUUAUUGGGCCGGUCGCAGCGAAAGUAGCAUUGGAAAGGGAAUGCGGGCUGGCAGAUGGGGUGAUAUUGGCAAUUGGUGUCGUUAUGGCUGUCUGGGGAACGGGACCUGCAAUUGUAGCUGCCAGCAGCUCUUGA